ACUUGAUGAAUAUUCAUGAGGUGGGCGAGGCCGUCCCCUCACUCCUCCUCCAGCUCCAUGGCGCUCGCGCGGACAUGUUUAUUUCUGAAAGCGGCAGCGCACGCGGCCAUCAUCAUCACCGUCAUCCUCAUCAUCCUGCAGCUCGGUCUGCGCGUGACAGUCGCUCAGCUCAGUAUGGCAAACAAGAGCGCUUUGCCCACCAAAGAGCGCUCUCUGAAGGGCAGGGAGGAGAAAAUGGUCGUGGCAGCAAAGCAUGCAGCAAAUGGGAACCCCACAGUGGAGCCAUUUCCUGAUGGCAUGGAGAUGAUCAUGUUUGGAAUGGGCUGUUUUUGGGGAGCAGAGAGGCGCUUCUGGAGGAUUCCUGGUGUGUUCUCUACUCAAGUGGGCUACUCUGGGGGCUUCACACCUAACCCUACCUACCGUGAAGUGUGUUCAGGUUUAACAGGGCACACGGAAGUAGUGCGAGUGGUCUUCUCUCCUAAAGACGUCAGCUUAGAGAAACUUCUCAAAGUCUUCUGGGAAAGCCAUAACCCCACUCAAGGAAUGGCACAGGGGAAUGAUCAUGGCACGCAGUAUCGUUCUGCCAUCUACACCUACAGCCCAGAACAGCAAGAGCUGGCCGUGAGAAGCAAGCAUGUGUACCAGGAGGCUCUACAUAAGAAAGGCCUGGGUGAGAUCACCACCGAGAUCCGAGAGCAGGCUGAAUUUUACUAUGCUGAAGACUAUCACCAGCAAUACCUGCACAAGGUGCCUAAAGGAUACUGUGGCUUAAAGGGCACCGGUGUCACAUGCUCUAUCAGAGGAGAGAAAGAUGAACUCUGACUCGGGGCACACAGACAUUUUUCUGCUAUUUAAAGGAAUACUUCACCUGAAAAUGAGUAUUAUGUUGAUUCACUCUCAUGUUGUUCCAAACAUGAAUGAAUUUCUAAGAAAUUCUUUCUAAUAUUCUUCUGCAUUAACUAACUAAAAUGAAACCCAUAACAAAGUUUUUUCAUUACUUUAAAUAAAAUGAACUGUAAAUGUAAUUAAAUA